AGUCCAAGCCGGAGGCAGCCGUGCGAUGGAUGUGUGUCUGUGAGGGCGGCGGGGAGCUCGGGGGAGCCAUGCUGAGGGUGGCUGGCAGAGGCUGGCUCUGGGUCCUUUCGUUCUCCUUGCCCUCCCUGCGGUGGCUGGCGGCCCAAGAGUCUGGAUGGACAAGCCCCCCACCGCAUGGAUUGACUGUACCUCAGUGGACAAUUCCGGGAAGCUCUGUCGGAGAUAAGUAUUCACUCAAAGCUGAACUCAGGGUGACAGCUGAAGGAAAAGACCUCAUCUUGGACUUGGAGAAGAAUGAGUACCUGUUUGCUCCAGGUUACACAGAAACUCAUUACUCCGAGAGUGGAGCCCCUCAAACCUCCACUUUGAAAAAUAGGGACCGGUGUUUUUACCACGGGACAGUGAGAGGAAUGGAACAGUCCAGUGUCACACUGAGCACAUGCCAAGGGAUUCGAGGCCUCAUUGUCGUGAGCCAUAACCUUAGUUACAUCAUGGAGCCUCUUCCUGGGGACCAAGAAAGGCACCUGAUUUAUAGGUUGGAGCAUCUGAAGUUUCCUCAGGGGACCUGCAGGCAGGUGCACUCCACAUCCGCUGCUAUGGACUGGCUUACUCAUUUUACUAGCCAGGCCAAGGCAGGUCAUGGCAGGGUCAAGAGAGAAGAUUUACAGUCUAUGAAGUAUGUUGAGCUCUAUCUGGUGGCUGAUUACGCAGAGUUUCAGAAGAACCAGCGCAGUCUGGAAGCCACCACAUACAAACUGAUGGAGAUCGCCAAUCACGUUGAUAAGUUUUACCGUUCCUUGAACAUCCGGAUUGCCCUGGUGGGGCUGGAGGUCUGGACUCACGGGGACAAGUGUAAUGUCUCUGAGAACCCAUACUCAACGCUGUGGUCCUUCCUCUCCUGGAGGCGCAAGCUCCUCACCCAGAAGAACCAUGACAAUGCUCAGCUCAUCACGGGGAUGUCCUUCCGGGGCACCACCAUCGGCCUGGCCCCUCUGAUGGCCAUGUGCUCGGUCUACCAGUCUGGAGGGGUAAACAUGGACCACUCAGAGAACGCCAUUGGUGUGGCCGCUACCAUGGCUCAUGAGAUGGGCCACAACUUUGGCAUGAGCCACGACUCUACCGGCUGCUGCUCCGCCAGUGCCGAGGAGGGAGGCUGCAUCAUGGCCUCCGCCACAGGGCACCCAUUCCCCAAGGUGUUCAAUAGAUGCAACAGGAAGGAGUUGGACCGGUACCUUCAGUCAGGUGGAGGAAUGUGCCUCUUGAACAUGCCAGACACCCGGACCCUGUAUGGAGGCCAGAGGUGUGGAAACGGGUACCUGGAAGAUGGGGAAGAGUGUGACUGUGGAGAGGAGGAGGAGUGUAGCAAUCCUUGCUGCAAUGCUUCUAACUGCACCCUGAAGGCUGGGGCAGAGUGUGCGCAUGGCUCAUGCUGUCAUCAGUGUAAGCUCAUGGCCCCUGGCACUCUGUGCCGAGAGCAAUCUCAGCAGUGCGAUCUCUCAGAGUAUUGCACUGGCAAAACACCCCUGUGCCCGACCAACUUCUACAAGAUGGACGGCACCCCAUGUGAGGGAGAGCAAGCAUUCUGCUACAACGGCAUGUGCCUCACCUACCAGCAGCAGUGCCAGCAGCUCUGGGGGCCCGGAGCCCGACCUGCUCCCGACCUCUGUUUCGAGAAGGUGAACGCGGCCGGCGACACCUUUGGGAACUGUGGGAAGGACAUGUACGGAAGACACCGGAAAUGUGACACAAGAGACGCUAAAUGUGGAAAGAUCCAGUGCCAGAGCUCUGCGAGCAAACCCCUCGAGUCCAACGCGGUACCAAUAGACACCACCAUCCUGCUGGACGGGAGGCAGAUCCAGUGCCGGGGGACCCACGUGUACCGGGGCCCCGAGGAAGAGGGAGACAUGCUGGACCCAGGCCUGGUGAUGACCGGCACAAAGUGUGGCUUCAAUCACAUUUGCUUCGAGGGCCAGUGCAGGAACACAUCCUUCUUUGAAACCAGAGGCUGCGGGGAGAAAUGCAAUGGCCAUGGGGUCUGCAACAACAACCGAAACUGUCACUGCUCCCAGGGCUGGGCCCCGCCAUUUUGCAAAAGGGCUGGCAACGGGGGCAGCAUCGACAGCGGGCCCAUGCCCCCACAGAGCAGUGCCCCGAUGGUGGCAGGAGUCCUGGUGGGAAUCGUGCUGCUGCUGGCUCUCAGCGUGGUCAUCUGCUACUACCGGUGCAACAAACUGAGCCCACUCAAGACCCCUGCUCUCCCCUCCAAGUGGAGGCAGCCGUUUCGGUGUCCCUUCAAGGUAGCUCAGAAAGGAGGAAGUGGCCAUGCCAACCCAACCUUCAACCUGCAAACGCCUCAGGGUAAACGUAAGAUGAUCAACACCCCUGAAAUUCCACGCAAACCAUCGCAGCCUCCUCCUCGCCCUCCCCCAGACUACAAGGUCAGUGGAACCCCACCUCCUCCUCUCCCGGUCAGCAUCAGGAGGGACGUCAGGAGCUCGCCAGGGUCGUCACCCCGAGUGGAAGCAAAAGAUCUGGCAAGGCGGCCCCCUCCUAGCAGACCAGUGCCUCCGGUGCCUAAUUAUGUCGUCUCUCAGGAUUUCUCCAGACCCCGCCCGCCGCAGAAAGCCCUGCCCGCUAGCCCUGUUCCCGGCAGGAAAGUCGUGCCCGGGAGUGUGCCUGCUUCGGCGCUGCUGCCAUCUACUGCUGGAAGGAGCCCAGGGCAACCUCGACCGCUGACCAGAGCCGUCCAAAAGCCCCAAGAUCUCCGGUCCCACGGAGUAGGAGAAGCAACAAGGUCCAAAAUCUAAGACGGAUGCCCAACCAGUAGCCCUAAUGACAUCGCUCAUGGAAUCUACUGGCUUUGGUUCCACGACACCUCUGGGCUCUACAUAGGAUCCGUUGCCCUUGCAAUCGGGAGGAAUCCGUAGGACCGGUCUCUGUCCUCUUCGUCCCUCGCUCCGACUCCUGGACUCACUGCACCCUCAGCUUCUUUGGGAGUCCAGAGUGAUUUUUUUCUAGUGAAACCCAAGUGUUAUUGUGCAAUAUACGAUGCUGGGAGACACAGCGAGUGCUGGAGAAAAAGGGUGGAUGCAGCUUCUCAUCGGGAAUCGAGUGCAGGCCAUUCUUCAAGGGGAGCCAGGCAGCUGGGACUCCCUGAUGUCUCCCUAGACCAACUCAGAGGGCUGCCCAGCUUUGAAGAAGCCAUCCCUGGGCAGGCAGAACCUAGUACACACAGGACUUUUACUCUUCCUCGACCAACGCUCAGCUCCCCAUCCAAGGAUGCUGUAAGAAACUCUGGGACCCAGGAGAGGAACCGAGGGAGGUCUAACUAAGGUCAAGAUGCCCAGCGCCGGGGUUCUACCACCUUCACCAGGCUGGGUGGUUUUUGUGAACUUUUGUGAUUCCAAUGAUUUCACUGGAGGCUCAUGUGCAACCUCUGCCUCCACUCCCUCUGCCCCUCCCCGCCUGUCUGUUCAGAUUGAUCACUGAUAGAUUCAGCCAGGUACUACAGAGAGCCCCCAGUGAAAAUACAGGUUGGAAAGCUGAUAACACUGGAGCGCCUCUCUGCCCCACGAUGCCAAAGGUCAUGAAUUCCCAUCAUCAUUCUGCUUCCCAUCAUCAUUCUGCUUCUGCGGCCUUCAGCCAGUCCUCUUUAGUGGGUGCUAGGGGCGGUCAAAGGCCGCAAUGUGACUCUGGGAUGUAACUUCCUGCCACCUCCUGUGUCUCCCCUUUAAGGUAGUAAUCCCUCCAUCUUGGGAUGGUGUACUCUAGUGACUGGUCAAUGGUAAUUAGGAACUCAGUGCUGGUGAGUAUCGCCGCUGGUAAGUGUCUCUGGUUGUUCUCAAGCUUCAAUCCAACACCUUGUGCUUUUUGACUCCAUUCUGGACUUCUUAUGUCUGCUUUGAGGCUUGCUGAAUGGAACUAGCAGGGGGCUUGGUGGUGAUGAUGAUGAUGAUAGUAGUGGUAUUUAAGUGCUUACUUAAAAUACUGUACUAGCCAAGCAGUGUACU